UGUCAUCUGUAUAUUGAUAAUGCAAAUAAAGAAUUGCUUUUGGUCAAUUCGUCAAUUGCUACUGGUGUGUUUGAAUAAACUUCAAUAGCUGGCUGCACGUUGUAUGCAUCGGCAGCUGAGAAACGAUUUAUUCUCAUGGUACGUUUGAUGUGAGAACCAUAAAAAUUUCAUCCUCAAACAGUGACUGAAUAUACAGUGUAUAGGUUGUUAUCAUAAUAACAUUAGCUCCGCACCAUCAGAUAAAGGAAUAUUCAUUACAAGCAAAAUAUAUUUUUAUUUGAUACGAAAGUUAACUUUACCUAUUUGUUGCUAAGUUUGGAUCGACUCCUCAUCCUUUACACAUAACCGAGAGCCUGGUCAACGAAAGAAGAAAAAAUGGUGUGCGUUCCAUGUGUUAUAGCACCAGUUGUUUUAUUGUUGUGGCGAUACCUCAUACAGCCCUUAUUGAUCAGGUUGUGGAAUUUCUGGCGUAACAUUAAAAGUGACAAUGGUCAACAAGUUGUGGCGGAACCACCGCAGCUAGUCAAAGAGUGCAAUGAAGGAGGAUGUAAGCUCUCAUGGGCAAAAAAUCAAAAAUCUGUCAAAGUUGAAUGACAAGUUGUACACGGUAUUUCAUUUUUCAAAGUGAACUAGAUUUUAAUGUGUAAAAAAAAAUUAAUGGAAAAUAAAACUGUUUACUAAUA